AUGAAGGAAUCUAUAACAACUACAAAGCUACGUGUGGUCUUUAAUGCAUCGACGAAGUCUUCUUCAGGAGUGUCAUUGAAUGAUAUUUUAAUGGUUGGCCCUAGGAUUCAACAAGAGUUAUUCUUAAUUUUGAUGAAGUUUAAAACGUUUCCCAUCGUCAUUACUGCUGAUAUAAUGAUGUUUAGACAAAUGUUGAUUAACGAAACGGAUAGAGAUUUUCAAAGAGUGUUUUGGAGAAAUGACGCUAGUGAUCCAAUUCAAGAAUAUAUACUUGUUACAGUUACCUACGGCACAACCCCAGCACCCUUUCUGGCUACAAGGACGCUUCAUCAACUUGCGGAAGACGAGGGAGACAAUUUUCCCCUUUCCUCUAAAGUUAUUAUAAGAGAUUUUUAUGUAGAUGACUUGUUAUCAGAUGCACAAAGCAUAGAGAAGUGCGUUAUCCGUGUGGGAGGUCGGAUUAAGAAUACCAAUAUUCCUGAAACUCGACAUCCAGUCCUGCUUCCCUCUAAGAAUCAUAUCACAAAUCUUAUCAUAACUUACUAUCACCGUCUUCACCUACAUGCUAACCAAGAGUUGCUGUUGAAUGUCCUUAGAAUGCAGUUUUGGUUAUUGGCCGGAAGAAGUGUAGUUUGUAAUAUUAUGCAUAGGAGUGUCACCUGUGUAAGAACGAAGAGUAGAACUGCCUCUCAACUGAUAGGUAAUUUACCAGCCCCUAGAAUUCAACCCAGUAGGCCCUUCAUUGUUACUGGAUUAGUUUAUGCUGAUUUUUAUUUGUUUAAAUUACGAGGUGGAAGAGAUGUUAGGUCUUCAAAGUGCUAUGUUGCUAUAUUUGUAUGUUUUUCCACAAACGCUGUCUACCUUGAGUUAAUCAGUGACUUAUCUACACCAACGUUUAUCGCUGCUCUGAAGAGAUUUAUUGCACGUCGUGGAAAACCCGUUAAAAUUAUAAGUGACUGUGCCUCCAACUUCAAAAGGGCCAGUAAAGAAUUGAAGAAAGUUUAUAAAAAUGUGUCACUUAUAGACAAGAGUAUUGGCUCAUUUCACCACCAGUGA